AUGGGCAACGAAAUUUUACAAAGUCACUCUGCAACAUUGGGCGAUGGAGAAAUUGCUGCAUUGAAAGCGAAUUCAACAUUAAGUGAAAAAGAAAUUCGAGAGAUAUACGAAGAAUUUCAAAAAAGUGGUGGAGCAGGUGAUGGAAAGAUCAGCAAAGAUGAAUUUCAUCGAUAUUAUAAGAAAUCAGCUGGAUGUGACGAUGAAGAUGGAAUCUUAGCAAAUAAUACAUUCUCGGCAUUCGAUACCAAUCAUGAUGGUCAUAUCAAUUUCACUGAAUUUGUCUUCGCAAUUUUGGCACAAAGCAAAACUGAUAUCAACAGUAUUUUAGACUUUUCUUUCGAAAUAAUGGACACAUCAGGUGAUGGACUGAUCAGUUUCGAUGAAUUGAAAAGUUAUUUGGAAAAAGCGACAAUCUUAGCUACAAUCUUAGCUGUUGGACAUGAAGAAGCAUCGACAAUCGAUACAAAUCGAACUGCUGAGAACAUCUUUCAAGAAUUUCGAUUGAGUAAAAUGCAAAAAAUGAAUAAACAACAAUUUAUUCAAGGAUGCAAAAAGAACGAACAACUCGGCAAGAUUUUCACAGGCAACAAAAAGAAUUGUUAA